AUGCUCUUCCCCGCCGUCUUCCACAUCGCGGUGGUCCAGCCGUCGCUGACGGCCCUCCACCCGUCGGCGCCUCGCGCGGCCGCGCCGCGCAUGAUUGGCCCCCAGCCGUACCGGUCGGCAGAGGAGCGAAGGAUGGCCCGCGAAGACGCACGGCGCGGCAUGGUUCCAGGCUUUCGGGGCCCGCAGCCACGUCCUGGCCCUCGCGGGCGCGGGCGUGGCAUGCCACAGGGCCCUCCGCCGGACUUCUACGAGCCGCCACCUCGGUACGUCCCAGGCCCUCGUGGCCCGGUGGCAGGGCCGAUGCCGGGCCGCGGCCAGGCGGGAGGGCCGAUGCCAGGGCGCGGCCCCGCGGCGAGGGACAGGGAGUACGACACCUUUUCGCAGCAGCCUCCAGGCCCUCAGGCUGGGCCGCGGCGGUCGUACCGGCAGCCGCCACCAGUCGACGCAGAGCGGCGGCACAAGUCGCCCGGGCUGCGCAACAACUUUUACGACCUCCCCACCGCCGACUUCAAGAGGCCGCACGGCGUCCCGCCGCCCGACCCCCCUCCUCCUGCGGCAGAGGGAGGCGCGGCGGGCAGCGGGCAGCCGGCCGGCAGCGGGUACCAGGCAGAGCCGCACUGGGAGAAGAGCAGCUUCGGGCAGCAGAGCAGCUACACGCAGUCGGGCGCGGGGUACGGCCAGCCGAGCGCGGGGUACGGCCGUGCGAGCGACGAGGCCCCUCUGGAGUACGAGGACCACCUGGCGGGGCAGGUGGUCGACGCGCAGGGCGAGAGCGUCGAGCGGCUCGAGGGGAUGGGUGCGCGGGUGGCGCUGCCGCCAGAGGCGGGCGGGGACGAGGAGGAGGAGGAGGACAUCACUUGGGACGCGCUGGCGGGCGCCGAGGAGACGCGGCUGCAGGUGGAGGAGGCGCUGCUCCUGCCGCUGCAGCACCCCGAGGCCUUCGCGGCGGUGCGAGCCGGCACCCGCACCCUCACCACCAAGGGCGACCGCGCGGGCACGCUGCUCUUCUACGGCACCGCGCCCCACAAGCAAGGGGCACUGAUGUCGAAGUGGUACGGAAAGGCAGCGCAGCAGCCUCCCUGCCCCUCCCCCCUCUCGACGGGCGGCGGCGGGUGCGUCCUCUUCCUCGACGAGCUGGACGCGCUCGCCGGCUCGCGCUCGCGCGAGAAUGCCGAAGGGUUCCGCCGCAAGUCUCCCUGGCCUGUUGCGCGGCUCCACGGAUUUUACCUCCCAAAAAGGCAGGGAGUCUCACUCCCCGCGACCAACGGGGCCAUGGAUCCUUAA